AGCCACAGCCAACAUAAUAUUGCACGAUUCUGUCCUUCAUGAUCACCUACGAAAUCAUGGCAGACCUUGGCAUCAAAGCAGGAGACAAGGUGCUAUUUGUUUGGACACAGCCCUCAGCACCAGCAGCCCUGAAAGAGUAUGCAGAGGAACUGGGUGCCAUUGUUGGAGCAGAUGGCAAAGUUGCAGUGGAGAACAUGGAGAGACUUUUGCUGUCCUCCCAUUCAGCAUCCACCUUUGACUGGGCACUCUCUUGCCCUCUGGCUGACAGCUCCUUCGUCCACAGUUCAGAGAUUUUAGCUGAGAUGGCCAGAGUGCUCAAGCCUGGUGGGAAGUUGGUUCUGGAUGAACCAGUUACCGGAGGUGAGACGCAGACUGUGAGGACUGCUGAGAAGCUGGUGUCAGCUCUGAAGUUGUCGGGCUUCAUGUCAGUGACAGUGAUCAGUAAAGCAGAACUGAGUGAACAAGCAUUGAGCUCCCUCAGAACGGCCACUGGUUACCAAGGAAACACCCUGUCUAGAGUUCGCAUAUCUGCCUCCAAGCCCAACUAUGAGGUGGGAGCAUUCAGUCAGAUUAAACUGUCGUUCGGGAAAAAGACACCCAAGCCAGCAGAGAAACCUGCUCUGGAUCCCAACACUGUCAAAAUGUGGACGCUCUCAGCCAAUGACAUCGAUGAUGAUGAUGUGGAUCUGGUAGACUCUGAUGCUCUGCUGGAUGAAGAUGACUUGAAGAAGCCAGAUCCGGCCUCUCUUAAAGCCCCCAUCUGCGGAGAUGGAGCUGGAAAGAAGAAAGCCUGCAAGAACUGCUCAUGUGGUCUUGCUGAGGAGUUGGAGGAGGAGAGUAGUGGAAAACAGAAGACAAAUCUACCGAAAUCUGCCUGUGGAAGUUGUUACCUCGGUGACGCGUUCCGAUGUGCCAGCUGUCCUCACAUGGGGAAGCCAGCAUUCAAACCAGGAGAGAAGAUUGUCCUGGACAACAAGACACUAACGGACUCUUGAAACCACAUGUUCACACAUGUAUCACUUAUGCUUCAAAACAUUACAUUCCUUACUUUUGCAUCCAUCCUGAGAUGCCCCUGAAAACACGAUUGUCUCUGACACAGUGCCUGGUGUAAGAGCUGCUUUUUCAGUGGACAUCACUGCUGAUGUGAUGAUUUCUGUCUGUCUGUCUUCCAGGAGCUCAGAGAGACGGCUUCUGUUUGAGGAGUUCAGUUUCAAAUGACAACACAUGUUUCCUCAAAGUUCAUUGUCAUGCUGUCAUGUCACAGCAACAGCAAUAACAUGCCAUGUUCACAAAGAGAUUCUUAAUUUGAGAGUUUGGCAUUGUAGCUGUGACAGUGAGCAACAGUGGAAUUUGAAUGAAAUGGAAAGAAGUGCACUGUCAUUGCAGUUUUACUCCUGCUGAUGUGAAUGAUGAAAAUGAUGGUGUGAGAUUCACCUGGAUGGUUUAUAGGAAGUAUCUAAAAGCACUGAAAUGUAUCUGUUCUUUUAAUUUACAAUUAUAUUCACAUCUGAUCAUUGAAGUAGAACCAGUAUACAAUCAAUACUUUAAGCAUCCAGAGGUCCAUACAAAAAGGAUCCAAACUGAUUACCGUAGUUGCUUAGUUUGAAGCUUCUUUAUGUAAAUAAACAAGCAAACAUGU